ACAAUCUUUUGGAAGCAACCUCGAUCACAUCGCACUCGCUGAGCUGAGCCGAGUUUACUGUCGAAAUUUGUUACUCAACUUACAAUCGUGCAUGUAAAAUGGCUGAUGGUUCGGAGGAACUUCUCAUCAUUGAUACAGACGGUGGAACAGAUGACUGUCACAGUAUACUCAUUGCUGCUGCCGCAGCGCAUGUCAAGGUUUUGGCCAUUACGUGUGUCGUAGGAAACGUGGAUGUUGAUCAAGUCGCUCAGAAUGUUCUAAUCACGGUUAAAACUUCAGACAAGCUUCGGAAAGCAAAGUGUCCCAUUUACCUUGGUGCUGCUCAACCACUGGCUGGUUUCCCCAUUCAUCGUUUUAAUGUGCAUGGAGAGGAUGGCUUAGGUAACACCAAGCGAAUGGAUGACCCACAACAUGAAUUCCUCAAAGAUGAAGCCGCCUGUUUGGCACUUGUGAAGCUAGUCAACCAAUAUCCUGGCCAGAUAAGCAUCGCUGCCAUUGGACCACUAACCAACCUCGCACUGGCCACGAGGAUAGAUCCCAACUUUUCAUCCAAGAUAAAAAAACUUAUCAUCAUGGGUGGAGACUCAGAAGGACGAGGGAACAUUACUCCAUGUGCCGAGUUCAACUUUUGUGCCGACCCUGAAGCAGCUAAAGUGGUGCUACAUGAGUUCACCUGCCGAAAGAUACUUGUAUCUUGGGAACUCACAAUGAAAUAUGCCUGGAAUAUUGAUUGGAUGCACAAACAACUGUUUUUAGAGGACUGUAGAGUUGGCCGAUUUCUCCGAGAUACCCAUGAGCAUAUUCUAGAAGUUUGCAAAAAUGAUCCUGCCAUGUGUACUGGAGGAUUGGUGGAUAAGUUUCCAGCCUGUGAUCAGCUAGCCGUAGCACUGACCAUUAACCCGGAAUUGAUCACCAAGUUUGACCACUUCCGCUGUUCAGUAGAGACAUCGGGUGUGUCUAGCAGAGGUCACUUGGUCAUAGAUAGAGGCUCUAUUGACAAAUCAUUGAACGGAGUCACACCCACAGACAUUGUAACUGAAGUUGACUUUGAGAAAUUCAAAGAGGUCAGUCUGCUUUCACUUGAAGCAUAAUGUUUUAGGUAUGUAUUGUAUGGAGACAUAUGGCUGUAUUUCAUUCAAAA